CGCCCCCGCCCCGCGCCCUGAGGGCCCCGCGUGGAGCGCCCCGACCUCGGCGACGGCUGGAGCCGCUCGGCGCGUCCCGGAGCCGCGUGCGGUCCGCCCCUCGCCCGCGCGGAGGAUUGGGGUCGUCCGGAGCGUGCGGAGCCGGCAGCGGCUGGGCCAUGGCCGCCAGGAGGGACUCCGUGUGGAAGUACUGUUGGGGAGUUUUGAUGGUUUUAUGCAGAACUGCGAUUUCCAGGUCGAUAGUUCUAGAGCCCAUCUAUUGGAAUUCCUCGAACUCCAAAUUUCUACCUGGACAAGGACUGGUACUAUACCCACAGAUAGGAGACAAAUUGGAUAUUAUUUGCCCCAAAGUGGACUCUAAAACUGUUGGCCAGUAUGAAUAUUAUAAAGUUUAUAUGGUUGAUAAAGACCAAGCAGACCGAUGUACUAUUAAGAAAGAAAACACCCCUCUUCUCAACUGUGCCAGACCAGACCAAGAUGUAAAAUUCACUAUCAAGUUUCAAGAGUUCAGCCCUAACCUCUGGGGUUUAGAAUUUCAGAAGAACAGAGAUUAUUACAUUAUAUCUACAUCAAAUGGGUCUUUGGAGGGCCUGGAUAACCAGGAGGGAGGGGUGUGCCAGACAAGAGCCAUGAAGAUCCUCAUGAAAGUUGGACAAGAUGCAAGUUCCGCUGGGUCAGCCAGGCAUAAUGAUCCAACACGACGCCCAGAACUAGAAGCCGGUACAAAUGGAAGAAGUUCAACAACAAGUCCCUUUGUCAAACCAAAUCCAGGUUCCAGCACCGACGGCAGCAGUGCCGGACAUUCCGGGAACAAUAUCCUGGGUUCCGAAGUGGCCUUAUUCGCAGGGAUUGCUUCAGGAUGCAUCAUCUUCAUCGUCAUCAUCAUCACGCUGGUAGUGCUCCUGCUCAAGUACCGGCGGAGACACCGGAAGCACUCACCGCAGCACACGGCCACCCUGUCACUCAGCACGCUGGCCACGCCCAAGCGCGGUGGCAACAACAAUGGCUCCGAGCCCAGUGACAUUAUCAUCCCGCUGCGGACUGCGGACAGUGUGUUCUGUCCCCACUACGAGAAGGUCAGCGGGGACUACGGGCACCCAGUGUACAUAGUCCAGGAGAUGCCUCCCCAGAGCCCAGCCAACAUUUACUACAAGGUCUGAGACUCGGCGGUGCCUUGGCUUUCCCGGAGGAAACCUGCCGUCCCGCUGUUGCCCGAGGAGGGCGUGAGGACCCCCGUGCCUCGCCUGGACUGGAGUGCAGCAGGGGUGGGGGGGACGCCGCGUCUCCUCGGAAGAGCCCUGUUGAGUUGGACAGCUUACCUGGUGUGUAGCGCCCCAGCCGCUGCGGUGGAGACGGACGCUCCCGGGCCGCUGGGAGCCGGGCAGAGAAGGUGCCCCUGCCGCCGGGACUGCAGGAGCUCGCCUCCCACCCCUCCACCUCCAAGCCAUGCGCUGCAGUCACUCAGGCCGGGGGGGAGCUGGUGCGGGAG